AUGCGUAUUGACUGCGAAAAAGGCAGGAACGACGUCACCGUUGUUAUUGAUUUGCUUUCUGGGAGAUUGGGCUCGCGCAAAAAUUUGCUGCGUCUUUUCGAAGCGUACUCGCACUGUCGUCUCAAAGCGGCUCUCCUCGGAACAGCUCACAGUCCAUGCAGCAAGACAAUGGCGUUUCGUGGUGAUCCCACAAAGCGCCCGCCGCCUCUCCAACCCCAGCAGGAGUCUGCGGUGGGUGACAACGAGACAGGACGCAGGAGGCAUCACCGGUCGUUGACGCUGGAGUCUCCCAGGUUCGGCAACAUGUCAUGGGGACUGUCUGAUCAUCUUCGAGAGCACAGCCAAAAGAAAAGGAUGUCUGUUGAUGUCAACACUUUACUCAGAGGCACGCCACCAUCUGCGCAGACUGUGGUACCAGAACUUCCGGGAAACAGCAUCCGCCACGCAAGGUCAGCGGUCCCAGUCACUCAGCCAAGCGUACGUGGUAUGAUCGAGCUGCGUAACGACCUGCGAGCUGGUAGGCCGCCACCAUCUGACGACAUCUACGAGAUUCCCGUCAUCCACACGGAGGAUUUGCGAGAGAGGUGCCGGGAGGCUUCUCGUGCGAGAGAGACGCUUGACGAGAAAGUUUCGAGGAGUCUGAGCAACAGCACCAAGCAUCUGCUUUCCGGCCUGAGGAACACGGUCAACAAGAUCAAGAAAGAAAAGAUUCCGAUUAUGCCAAUCAAGGCUGCAGAGACACUUGGCGUCACUCCUCGCGAGUAUCGCAAGCAGCACAUCAUUCCACUGAAGCCUUCCAAGUUUGUCGAGUCUCCUGCGAAAGACUCCCCAGCCAAGGGUGAUGACGCCUCGAUUGCUCCGUUACUCAGGAAGGGCGGUCGCGGCUAUGACAAAUCUGAGGGUCGUCAGGUUGCGUGUUCCCGUGCUUCCUCAGUUAGCAGAGUCUCCAAAGGCACAGGAAGGGCAAUUCACAUCAAUGCAGAUGCUACAAAGAUAGGGUCAGCGUCGCCAGCAGCUCCCACUCCCCCUGCCAAGGAUACACCUCCUCGCUCGGAUCAGUUCAACUAUUCUGCCAGUCCGCUCCGGCACAAGUUCCAGGCACCUGAUCUUCGCGGUACUUUCGAGUUAUCGAGUCAGUCUGCCAUCAAACCGCCCUUCAAGGUUCCGAGGCACCUUCCGAUUGCAAAAUCCCUUCGAGAGCUGGACGCUGAAAAAGAAGAUGCCUCCUAUGAUGGAGUUCCAGUCAAGAUGGGCGCCUAUAAUGCCAAUGACAUGACUGCUCUCAUUGAGGGUCCACCGGCCAACUGGCCGUUGGCCGAUGACAGCAACAGGGAGAUGACAGAGGAGAAAAAGAGGUUGAUCGAGACGACCAAGAAGUAUAUGAAGAUGGAGAGAGAGACGAGGGAGGCGCACAGCAAGUUGCUGGAGCUGGACCAGAAGACGAAAGAGAAGAACAGAAAGUCUAGGAGGCAGAGCGAGCGACUUGAUGGCGACGACAGCGACGUCCUUCUCCCGCCUCGAUUCUACUCGCCCGCAAACCACUCUGCAGGCCCGUUUGCAGUGGGCGAGUCUCCUUCCAAGAAUUGGGGCGGUGGCUUGCAACGCGCCUUCCCACCGCAACUUGCCCUUGCCCUCCUUCACCUUGAGUCUGCUGCCCCGCCUUUCUUCCCCUCUUCUUCCCCGGCUGCUCUUUCUUCCCUUGUCCCCUCUAUCAAGGCAAUAGCUAACAAUCUUCUCUCUCAGACUGACCCCAAUCGCAUGCUCUUCAGCCACUGCCCAGAAACUCACGCGACCAAUCUCAGCGACGCCUCUAGUGACUCGAAGAACGGGUCUAUUGGAGUCAUGUUUCAAGGCAGCGCUGAUGACAUUGAUCGUGGCUCGUCCACUUACAAAAUGCUCACUGAGCGCGACCAGGCACCAGCUACGACUACGACGGCGGCGCGCGAUGACAAGACCAUCACUUCGCGUGUUAUGCAGGAGCUGCGCAUAGGCGAACAUGACCAUUCUGACACUGCCUCCAACCGCGCCGUUUAUGGCCAGUCCGACACUGCGUCCACUCACGUUGUGGGUGACCAGUCCGACAGCGCGCGCGCUGGUGCCAUGUGUGACCAUUCCGACACCUCGUCCACCCGUACCGUGGGUGACCAGCCCGCUCCACGAUUGACUGCAAUGCUGAAUGAGGCUAUACUUCCCUCGCUUGCCUGGACCAAGAACUUCCAACCCAAGUGUCCCAGCGCUGUUCCCAGCCCACUGCAUCACACGCCUGGCCCCGUUACCCCAGGACAGUCGGCCAAGGAUGCUCCUGGCCAUUUCGGCCGCUCUGUCAACCCUAUGGCGAUCCGCAACAUCGAUGAUCACUUCUGGAUGACGAAUGAGCAUCUUGAUGUCGUUGGCAAGACUACUUGGGAUAUACUCGCCAUGGCAAGCCAGGAGACCAUGAAUACCUUGAGAAACAAGCACGCAAGGAUCAUGACACUGUGCGAGGAGCAGUUUGAAGAGCUCAAGUCUCACCUUACCACUGUCGACGACAAGGCCGAUCGUAGCGCGGAGAAGGUCGCCAAUGUCCACCAUGACGUAGACAGGCUUCUUUCGCGCUUCAACAGUGCCUUCGCUGCACAAGACAACAAGACUACGCAGAUGGAGCAACAGCUCAGGGACCUACAGACUAGCAUGCAAAAUAUGCAGACCCUGUUGGAACAGAAGAUCAACGAGGCCAAGUCCAGUCAGCAGGCUCUGGCCAGUGACCAGCACACCACCCCGAACUCGGCUCAGUCUUCCUACCUUCAGCAGAUUUACCCAUCGCAGUCAUCCCUGGGGGGUUUUUAUGGCAGCCACGCCAACGGUACUCGCGACGGUCAGUCCCAGAUGUCAACCGCCAACGACGUCAUGGCCGCUGCCUCUACCCAAGACUCUGGCAACGCUGCGCAGACAGGCUACGAUGCUGGUUAUGGACAACAGUGGGUUACGCGCACGGGAUACCCCGUUCGUGGUAGCAGCAGGGAAGCCCGUACACCGUACUCAGGUACCAACCCGUACCAGUAUGCUGCCACUGGAACCUUCAACGGCGGUUACCCUGUUGGUUACACUCAGUCCUCCACUUCGAGCCCAACCGAGCCGGCUUCUGGCUUGGGUCCAGGUCAGGCCAGAUAG